UUGUUUGUUUCUACACAGGAGGCCAUGGGAAGCCGGCACUGAGUAGAAGCAAUGCCUGCCCUCCCACAGUGUCCUACUGCCACCAUUAAAGUACCCUGAGUUUUGACCAUGUGUUACACUCGUGGGUGACACGAGCCCUGGGCUACCGCCAUCACCGUCGUCUGCCCUGCACAGUAGCCACCACCAAGGAGCCCCCAGCCGGGCCUGUCAGCGCCUAUCCCAGCUCAGGUGACCCGGCGGGCGCCUAGCACACCUGGCACUGUCUCCUGACCCCGCCCCGGGCUGGCCGCACCCCAGGACGCUCUCUACUGGAGCCAUCGGCGUCUGCGGUGGCUGCGGCGGCGGCGGUGCAGGCCAUGGCGGCGGCGCCCACGGUGUGCGCUUUGCAGGGGUCCCCGUCAAGUGUCCAGUCGGCCCCAGAGGCCGCAUCCGCUCCCGCGGCCGGCCUGGGUCGCUGCCGUAUGGCGCUACUGCUGGCUGUGGCGCUGGACGUGGCGGGCAUGGCGGCUCUGCUGACCGGUGUGUUUGCGCAGCUGCAGGUGCGCGGCCGCGACUUCGGCGACCUGCUCAUCUACUCCGGCGCGCUGCUAGUCUUCCUGAGCCUGCUGGGCUGGAUCCUCUGGUACACCGGCAACAUCGAGAUCUCACGCCAGGAACUAGAGCGCGACUACGGCCUGCGGCCUUCGGCGCUAGCCCGCCUCGCACGCAAGCUUUCCCGCCGCUGGUCGGCGCCUGCCGCCGCUGGACUGCGCCCCGCCCCGGCCUCUCGAGGAGCUCGCCGAGGUGCCCGUGCGCCCCUGCCGCCCGCUGCGGGCUCCCGCCGUGUGCGCCUGCAGCUCGCCACACUUGAAGCCGGACCCGGAGCGGCGGGAGCCGGCAGCGAGUGAGCCCCAGACAACCUCACGGCCCCACCUGUCAGGACUAGACUGAGAUGUACAACUGCCCCUACACCCUACCAUGCUGUCAACAGGACACUGCCUGUUCCCCCUCUAACCCCUCUAUCCUCUCUGGGAUAAACGGCUCUGCCUCACAGCGCUAUAUGUCUGUUUGAGAGAGGGACAGUGCGGGGGGGGAUGGGGGGGUUGCUUGCUUCUUUUUUUUUUUUUUCUUUGAGACAGAGUCUCACUUUGUCACCCUUGGUAGAGUGCUGUGCCAUCACAGCUCACAGCAACCUCAGUUUCUUGGCUCAAGUCAUUCUCUUGCCUCAGCCUCCCAAGUAGCUGGGACUACAGGCGCCUGCCACAACGCCCAGCUAUUUUAGAGAUGAGGUCUCACUCUGGCUCAGGCUGGUGUUGAACCUGAGCUUAGGCAAUCCACCCGCCU